GCCGACUCUGUUUGUCUUGCGCCUCCAUCAUCGCGCGCGUCGGCGAACGCGUCCUCCGUCGACCUCGGUCCGAAGACCCUUGGGAACGACUCACCCCGCCCUCAACACGCUCACUGUGGACACAUAUGCAUGUCUCGGGCCGUCGUGGAAGUGCAGAUGAUACCCAGCCAUUCGCAGCCACCAACAUCAAAACGCAAAGUGACCGAUGACAUGAAUCCGUUAGGGAACGCGUCCAAGAAGCAGAAGAAGGAGAAAUCCUCCAAUAAGCGGAAACUUAAUGGCGAAGAACAGCCAGGCGGCCUGGUUAUUGUGCGCGCCCCCUCCGUCCCCAGUGAAACAUUGCAACGACCUCCCUCACGUCAACCAUCGUCUCAACCCCUCCCUGGCGAACCCUCCAAACCACCAGCCAAGAAGUUCCGCGCAGAUGGCACCACCACCACCGCACGCCAGCUCGCGAAGAACAAGGACAGGCAGAUCCAGUCCAGCUCGCGCGCGGACCCCGAAGUCGACGAGGACGUGCGGCAGAUGCAGUCAGAGGCAGACACGCUGCGGCGCAAGUCGCAUGCCGCGGAACAGUCUAUGGGCACCCUCAGCAUACCGAAGACACCCAAUCGACAGCAAGCACCGUAUUCGGAGCGGAGGAUGCGCGACGAGCAUCAACCCAUCCCGGAGCAGGAGACACCGCAGAUCGAGCGGAAUAGGUUCAUGCGGGAGGGAGGGUCGAACCACAGGCGGAAGAGCUCACUCACGCGCGGGAAGCGGAUAAGUUCGAGCUACGAGGCGACGGGUGUCAUAUCUCAACCCCAUACAUCAGUCUCAGACUCGAGCUUCUACAAACACAUCGACGGCGACCUACCGGAGCCUGCACGCGCGCGGCAACUACUCAUCUGGUGUUCGCACCGAGUCAUGAACCAGUUAGAACAACCUGAGGCGUCGUCCUCGAAGCGCCGAGAACCGAAGGACUCUGGGAAGGACCCACCGCCACUGAGCGUGGAGGGCGCACAGCUGCUCAAGCGUGUGCAGGAGAGUGUGAUCAAGAUGCUGGCGGAGAAACUGGUCGACACGAACGUGUACGGUGCGACGGAUGCAGCCGACAGUAGGCCGAAGAAGGAGAACGAGCAGAACGUGAAGAAUCGGGCGCGAGAGAUCCGGUUCAAUGCUCACAACCAGCGCAUGAAGGCGGAGGAGGAUGCGUGGAUAGAGGUCACCAACCACCAUCAUGCGUUUCGUAUGGAGAUCGCUGCGGAACUGGACAAGGCUGCAUCUACCAAAGCCAAGGGCAAGCAAAGAGCCGUACCGGAGGAUGAUUGGGAUAUCGAUUCGAGGGACCUCCCGGAACACUUCAGAGGCAAAGCGGGUGUCGAGCUCGCUCGAAGACUUGUCAACGGUGAAGCGGCGCAGCAGGAUCCAUUGAGCAGUCGACUGGACAGUAUGGAAUACACGAUGGACCACGCGCAUGUUAUGACGAACUCCGCAUUGGAGACGACUCGUAUAGCGGAAACGGAUUUAGAUCGCCGUUUCGCCAUGCUCAACAUAUCACUAGCCUCUCGCUCGCAACCUGCACCCACGUCAUUACCAUCCACAUCCGGAGCCCUGUCGUCCUACCUCCCUCCCAGCCUUUCCCGACCACCACCCACGACCGACCCACAAGACCUUCUCCGUGCGUUGUCCCGUAUCGACGCCGAGCGCCCGCAGAACCAAGUGGGCGACGCAGCACGGCGAGCUGUGAGGGAAGUGCAGCGCGCCACUGAUGCACCCGGUGGAAUGACAGAGCGACGACUUACCGCAGGUGUGGCCCCUCCUACACCACGCAAGCCACCUGGUACACCUCGUCGAGCAACCACACCUGGCAAGGGUCGCUGAGCGCAGCCUUCCCCCUCCAACUAUUCAACCUCUCCAUGGUCGGACUGCGUCGGUUACAUUUCGCCUUCACUUCGAGUCUCGUUUUGUCCUUAGUUCGUUGUUGUCCGCUGUGCUCCAUCUGUUGGCCGAUUUCGUCAUUGUUGCUAUCUGUACACCCUAAAGUCUGAAGCUCAAGCCUUAUACGCCCGCCCCGCAGCGUGUGCGCCUCGGCUCGCUAGGAAACGAGGAGAGGCGGUUAUGUAUUCAUACUAUAUUGGAUAUUGUUCUCCUCUAUAACCUGGACCAUCCGUGCCCUGCUGGGCACAAAGCCACCCUACAUACCUCGUAUUUCUUGGACGUGUAAUAAGCCUCGUAAUGUGUAGUCUUCGACUCGGAA